UGGUAACACUGCUUCACCAGUCUUCGCCUGCAUCCUGGUUGUUAUUACGUUUCGUCGUUACUUCAUCUCCUUCGCCACUAAAUAAUAACUUAUAUUCAUUCAAUUUGACCAAGCAUAGCCGACAAAUCCACGAGAAGCUUGUUUCCAGUAGAGUCCUUAUAUCAGGAACAUCUGAUGUUCUUAGGGCUAGGGGGCCACCUAUCCAAAUAUUAACCAGCCCCAACGCUGAUCGGACAAGAUGAUUUAGUUCCAACCAAGGAUGGUUCCAGCGUCGGCUUGACUUGGCGGUUCCCAUAGUGUCAUUUUUCCACACAAAAAUGGGUCGAAUAUCAAAGCAAAAGGAAGCAAGGAGAAAGAGACUAUCUCUAUUAAGGGGAAAUCUUAGGAAAUUGAAAGAUGGAAACGGUGAAUCUGUGGUUCCUCCCACUGCACCACCUCACUCGACCACCACUACCACUCGACUCCCAUCUUCAGACACUCGACAGCAAGAGAUACAUCCUUCUACUGCUAAGAAAAUAGAAAUGGUGAUGACUAGCCCCACAAGCAACCAACCUACACUAGAAAAAUAUAUAAAAGGAAAACAAUCAUUACAGAUUUCAACUGAUGAGAAUAAUGUGUUAUGCCAGUUAAGUGAUGCUCACAAUACUGCUGCCUUGAGGAAGACUUUAAUGGGUGUACAGAAGGCUGGCACAGAAAUGAUUACACAGAAAACAAACGUGUUUUUGGAUGCUGACUACCUUAAAAGUGCGUUAAGAAUGCUACAUUGUAAAGAUUGUGAUGGUGAAGUUGAAGUUUUGGUGAAACAAAUAUGCCUUGAUAUUUUGUUGUCGGUGAGGUGUAAGGAGUGUGGUAAUGUUGUACUAGAAACAAGACCCAAGCUAAUGAAUGUGUACAAGACAAAAAAUGAAGAAAAAAUAUAUGAAAAUAAUCUUAGUUUAGUACUAACAUUGGCUAGUUAUGAUGUUAGCUAUAAAGGGUUUCUUGAUUUCAUUGAGAGUAUGAAAAUAAAAGGCAUGUCGUAUAAGGCAUGGCUGACACAUAUAAGAUACAUUCACAGUGCCUUAAAGAAAAAGUGUGAUGCCAUGUUUGUAAACACUAAACAAGCUAUUGUGAAAGUAUAUACAGAGAUGGGUCGACAUCCAGAUGCUGGUGGCAUUUUAGACAUUGAUGUUAGUUAUGAAAGUUCUUGGCUUACUCAUGAAGACAUAAGCUACUGUGGAGUUAUUGUUGUUAAAGAACUGCACAGUGAUAUAGUAUUGGACUGGGAAUGUAUGUCAAAGUAUUGCCAGGCAUGUAUAAAGAAGAAAGGACACGAGCGAUCACAGAUGUGCCGUGAAGGUAACUGUGGUUUCAACGACACGGGUGAAAGGGGUGGUAUUGAAGCAGUGGGUGCCCAAAGUUUGUGCUCAAGAUCUUUAGACAGAUACAAAGUUAGAUAUGUUGCAUUUCUCACAGAUAGGGACUCUGAAAUUUGUGACAAUAUUAUGAAGAUGAACAAUGGGGAAGGCCCCUAUGAUGCUGAACAUCCUGUUAUAAAAGCAGAUUGUGUAAACCAUUUUAUAAAACAACUGGGCACAGCUUUGUAUAAGGUAAAAGAUGAAAUGGUUCAAAUGAAAUGGCCAGAUUUGACUCAAGAGGUUGUUGGAUAUCUUCAGUCCUUAUGUGAAACAGCAUUGAGAGAUUGCAUAGAAAAGACCCCAAAUAAAGUGAGGGAAGUGCAGAGUGCUAUUAUAUCCUCAUACUUUCACUGUAUAUCAACAGAUGACAUGCCUGAUAGCCACCUAAGUUGCCCAAAAGGUCUAGCUUCGUGGUGUUUUUGGCAAAAAGCACGUGCAAGGAAAGAGACCCCACCACCACACGAAAAGGCAAAUAUGCUCCUUAACUCCCGUGAUUUUACAAUGGAAAUGAGCGACAGAUUAGCUGCGGUCUAUGUGAAGCUGGCUGAUGAUGAGUUUGUGAACCGUUGUCGCUUAGUCAAGACACAGGUUACUGGUAAGUCCCUAUCUGGUCAGAUUUGGCAGAAAUACAAAAAGGAAAGAUUCAGAGGAGUAGAAAAACUGAAAUUUGCUGCAGAUCUUACAUGUUUUGAAUGGAAUAUAGGCUACACAGAAGGAGGACUUCAUAAGGAGUUGGGAUUGAGAUACACCCCAGAAGGAGCAAGAAUGAAAGAACUCAUGGAGAGAAACAGAAUGACAACAAAACAUAUGAAGAAGUUUAAGAAUCUUUUAACUACAAGUGAGGCAACGGUGCCCAUACAACAGCCAGAUGCUGGACCAACAACUCCAUCAACCUCAGAAGAUGGUGUACCUCCUGGGAGCAAUAAGGGCAGACCAGCAAAUAAAACAAGAAAGAGAAAGAUAUUGACACAAGAUGUGACUCAAAUACAAACUGAGGAUCAAGAUGAACAACAAAGUGGACCAAGAACAAAGAGAAAAGGAUCAAAAGAGAAAACAUCAGAAAGCCAGAGAGAGGAAACACUUGACAAGGAAGUGCUGGUCCAGCCUAAUACCUGUACUCACAAACACAACAUUCAUGUUGACGUCUCUAGUAAAGGAUGGCAAGUGUUUGGUAUACCUAUAAAGGAAGAAAAUUCAGACAGUGAUGGAUUUAAUGAAGAACUUCAAGGAAAAAUCAAGGAAAUUGAUGAAAUUGUAAAAGAAGAAGAAGUUUACUGUAAUGAGGGUUUGUCGUGGGAAAAUCCAGACCAAGGUUUGAAAGUGAAGGAAGAAGACCUGGACAAUUAUGCAUUUGUUAAAGUUGGAAUAGAGGACAGUGAUGAGUCUAAGAAGGAAGAUACAACAGAUGGUGACUUGUAUGUGACUGUAGGAAUACAUGAUGUUUAACAGAUGUGCUGGGAGACAAAAUUACAACAGAAAAACUUUAGAUGACGUGUAACAACUGACGCUGAAAACUGUGGCCUUAAUAUACUUUAAUACAGGGUGAGUCAUUAUGAUUAAAUAUACUGUAUGUAUGAAAUACAAUACAGAAGUACUGUAUGUUAAGUUAUUGGACACCUGCACAUCAGAAACAUUGCAAGAACAGACGGGAGAUUCUCCUUUAAUUACAUUUUGACAAAAGUAAUACAAAAAUGGUCAAAACUGAGUGAAUAUAUAAUCUCUGUUAUGAGGCUGUAUGACUUGUGUGUUGGACAAACAGAACAGUUUGGCUGCUAGAUAUUGUAUGGAUCAUUUAACCCUUAAACAGUGGCCAUCAUUAGUGAAAGUUUGUUGUAGGGACAGUUACCAUCAUCAGGGGAAGUUAGUUGUAGGGACAGUUACCAUCAUCAGGGGAAGUUAGUUGUAGGGACAGUUACCAUCAUCAGGGGAAGUUAGUUGUAGGGACCUUUACCAUCAUCAGGGGAAGUUAGUUGUAGGGACAGUUACCAUCAUCAGGGGAAGUUUGUUGUAGGGAAAGUUACCAUCACCAGGGGAAGUUAGUUGUAGGAACAGUUACCAUCAUUGGGAAGUUUCAUUUUCCUUGUGUUUCACACACACACACACACACAUGUGGGGCAGUAGGGAAUACUUAGCUGCUGGUUAAGAGUUAAAUGUCAUUAUGCAGUAUAUCUGGUUUCUUUGUUUACCAAAAAAAAGUAAUUUAUACGUCCCAAUAUUUUUUAAUACGAAUAAGCUGGAGGGGAUAUUAGUAAGCUUGUGCAGGGUUAUUAGAGUGUAGGGGUGAGGCUGUACACAGAUACACAACUGACAAACACAAAUGCCUGUUGUCAGGCAGCCAAAUAAUAUGUAGAUUUAUAAUUACAUAUCUUAAUUCAAUUUAUUUUUAAGUCUAAAUUGAUGAAAAAUAUUAAUUUAUAUCCUGUAUUAAUGAACAGUUAAUACAAUGUUGGAAAUGUAUUAGUAUGGUUAGUUAUAUAUACAUGUGUUAAUAUAUUUGUAUUCAACAGACAUACUGUACUGUACAUCUUCUAAACAAUAAUUUUUGUUUGGUGCAGAUACAGCUUACUGGAGGAAAUAGUACCAUCAUGUUAAACUGUGAAGUAUUAACAUAUUAAACUUUGAUGGCAAUCAGAUUAUGGAGCUGUAGUCUGUAUUUUUAUUACUAUUCCCAAAAAAUUAUUCAAUUAAAAUAUUAUUAUUUUCAGCCAUAAAAGGCAUAAGUGUGCAAGGUUAGUAGUUGGGAAGGAGCAGGUCAGCAGUGGCCUCCCAUCCAUGGCUUAUACCAGUUACUGUGGUGAAAAUUUUACCAUUUCCUUAAUUUCUUAUUUUUUCAUCGGGUGGAAUAAAAUAUCAUUGAGGAAACCACAUUAAAUCCCUACUGUC